GGAACUCGGCUUAGCCCUGGUUCCUUAUUGGCUAAAACUAUGGAGCUGAAAGAAGGGGUGGAACCUGCCUUCCGCCUGACUGUUCAUUGGCUAAAACCUCGCGGGUAAGUGAUAGACAAAGGCCCUUGUCCCGCCCCUCGAGCCAACCCUUUAACUUAAAAAAACACGGCGUUGAGGACAGAGUGAAAGUUCACCCCGGAGUCCUGGGGCCUUCCCUCGGACCUUUGCGGCCCCCCUCCCCUCCGAGGCCUUGGAGUCUCGCUGAGCCCGGGGAUAUAGAGAAAGGCGAGCAGUGCGGGAGGCCGGAACGAAUCCUUCGCGGAACCAUCGAAGCGAGGCCUCUGGGAGCACGCGGCGGGACUGACCGCGGCGGACCGGGCCAGAUCCGCACAGGGAUGGCCGCGGGGGCUGCCGACGCGGGGCGGGGGGUCGCCAUCCCCGUGGAGCUGCGGCGCGAGCGGCGCUUGGUGUGCGUGGAGUACCCGGGCUUGGUGCGCGACGUGUCCAAGAUGCUGUCGACCCUGGGCGGCGAGGAAGGCGUUUCCCGGAUCUAUACAGACCCCACCAAGAGGCUGGAGCUGCACUUCCGGCCCAAGGACCCCUACUGCCACCCCGUGUGCGCCAACCGCUUCAGUACUAGCAGCCUGCUGCUCCGGAUCAGGAGGAAGACAAAGCGGCAGGAGGGGGUGCUGGGGCCCGAGGCCCACCCCAAGGUCACUUUCAAUGUGGAGGUCCUUGGCACCGUCCCCACCAUAUACAAAUUUCAAGGAAUGUCUGACUUCCAGUACUUGGCCGUGCACACGGAGGCGGGUGGUGCUCACAAGUCAAUGUAUGACAAAGUGCUCAUGCUCAGACCCGAGAAGGAGGGCUUCUUCCAUCAGGAGCUGCCGCUCUACAUCCCUCCGCCCAUCUUCUCCCGGCUGGACACCCCGGCUGACUACUUCUAUCGACCAGAGACUCAGCAUCGGGAAGGCUACAACAACCCCCCCAUCUCAGGCGAGAACCUGAUCGGCCUGAGCAGGGCCCGGCGCCUCCACAACGCCGUCUUUGUGAACUUCGAGGACGACGAGGUGCCCACGCAGCCGCUGGAGGCUGCCGCGCAGACGUGGAGGAGGGUCUGCACCAACCCCGUGGACCGGGCGGUGGAGGAGGAGCUGAGGAAGCUGUUUGACGUCCGUCCCAUCUGGUCUCGCAACGCCGUCAGAACCCAGAUCAGUGUCCACCCUGACAAGCUCAAGGUUCUGCUGCCCUUCGUGGCCUAUUACAUGAUAACAGGCCCCUGGAGAAGCCUGUGGAUUCGAUUUGGGUAUGACCCCCGAAAACACCCAGAAGCCAAGAUUUAUCAAGUUCUUGAUUUCCGAAUCCGUUGUGGAAUGAAAUACGGUUAUGCCUCCAACGAGAUGCCUGUGAAGGCCAAACGCAGCACCUAUAACUACAGCCUCCCCAUCACUGUCAAAAAGACGUCCAGCCAGCUUGCCACCAUGCGUGACCUGAAGCAGGGCCUGGGCCCAUCAGGGUCAGCUGGUAUGCGGAAAUCGGCCUCCAACAAGUACAAGCUCAAGGACUCAGUUUACAUCUUCCAGGAGGGCGCCUUGCCACCGUACCGACAGAUGUUCUACCAGUUGUGCGACUUGAACGUGGAAGAGUUGCAGAAGAUCAUUCACCGCAACGACGGGGCCGAGGAGACCUGCACUGAGCGGGACGGGUGGUGCCUCCCCAAGACCAGCGACGACCUGAGGAACGCCAUGUCCACCAUGAUCCGGCAGACCAUCCGCUCCAAGAGGCCUGCUCUCUUCCCCAGCCCGGCCAAGGCUGAUGGAGACGGCGGUGGAGACAGCGGGAAGGACCAGCUGGCCUACGAGUCUGGGGAAGACGAAGACUUCAAGCCGUCGGACGGGAGCGAGAAUGAGAUGGAGACGGAGAUCCUGGACUACGUGUGAUGUGGCUGGGCCCGGGCCGGGCGCCAACCAGCCGCAAAACGGCCUGGGAGGCCCCUCUGAGGAAAUGGGACCCCAGCGCUGGGUGCAGCUGACCCUGGUCCUGCCUGUGACCUGCUCAGGGCUGCCAUCGGGCCCUGGGUGGUGGGACAUUCCUGAAGGCUGUGCCCUGGCUCCCGCAGUGUGAGCCAGCCCAGUGUCCAGCGGGCUGAGACCAGCAAGAGCUGGAGGGGAAGAUGGUGCGAGUGGGGCUCAGGCUCAGCUGGGGUCUUGUGACCAAUGGCAGGGAUGGCACCAGGAACCUGGUGCAUGGUCACAGCUGGCAAGAGACUGUCCUUGGCUUUAGAGCCUACCCUUUUGGGAUAGGCUGGCAAAGACAGGCCCAGCUGGCAUUGUCCUCAUUAAAGACAGUUCCCCAGGAGACUUGGUGUCAGUGUGGUGUCCUCCAGGGGCUCAGGCUCCCGCUGGUCCAUUGUGGUUCCUUCAGUCACUCGUGCAGUGACCUCAUGGGGGUGAUGCUGGGACAGCUAAGAACAUGCCUGAUCCCCUCGCAAGUGGGUCGGAUGAGAGUCCCUGUCCCCGAGGGUCCUACAGCCUCCUGUCCAUUCAUCCCUUAGUGCUACAGACAGGUGUGUUCUUGAGAGGCUCAUAGGAAACAGACCCUGUGGUCCCAUGGCUGCCUGGAGUGGAAGCAGCGGCACAGGGCCCCGGGUGAGCCCUCCCAGGACAGACCGGGAGCCCCAGGGGCUCACAGCGCUAGAAACCUUCCUUGUAGAGGAGGUGGCCCAAUGGCCCUGGCCUUGCUGCUGGGGCCAGGGCACAACCAACACUGCCAGAAGCAGCUCUUCCCAGAGGCAGGCUGGGCCAGGCCCAUGCUUCCUGCUCCCCUCUCCGUGUGCUUUCCCUCUGAGGCUCUGCUCUCUGCCAGUGGAUCUCAGCUGGGGCUCUUCCACUUCUGAGCUGUGCUAGGAACCCCGAACCUCAGAGGGAGAGGAUCUAGUUCUGGUCCCCAUCUCCCAGGAACGGCCUGUUCCCUUUGCAGACCUGAGGAAGGUGAGCCUGGGGCAGGGACCUCGCCACACCCACCCUCUGCCACUGAGCCCAACCUCACCCAGAGUCGGCUGACAUCUGCCGUACGCGUGAGGCACACAGGUUCUGCCAAUUAAAAAUGGAGCUGCCAUUUGACCCAGUGAUCCCACUUCUGGGAACAUAUCCUAAGAAGCCUGAAACACCAAUCAGAAAGAACAUACACACCCCUAUAGUCACAGCGGCGCAGUUUACAACAGCCAAGAUCUGGAAGCAGCCCCAGGGCCCGUCAGGAGAUGAUGGAUAGAAAGCUGUGGGACAGUCACACCAGGGAACACUACGCAGCUGUAAGAAGAAGGACCUCUUAUCCUUUGG